CACAGCUCUGUAGUCUUCCACACCUCACCAUCAAGUACGUCACACAUACAGCUCAGGACAGCUCAGCGAUCGAGUCUACGCACCCGUAGACCCUAGGCUCUGCCGCCUUCUGCCAUGUCCUCGACGCCUGCUCGUCCCUCUGGCAGCGGCUUCGCAGGACCGUCUCGCCUAUCCAGCGGCCCUGUUCUCGAUCCCUCCUCCUCGGCUUCCUCCUCUUCUUCUCGUAUAGCAACCGAUGUCUUCUCCUCUUCUCUGCCACUGGCAGUCUCCGUAGCUCUGUCUGACUUGCCCAGUGGGUCAGAUAGCUCUCUGGCUGCAGAGUACACCUAUUACAUGACUGUGAGGCGGAAUCUCUACCUUCCUCUUAUUGUGCAGGAAGUCAAGGAGGCAUUGGUUGGACUGAUUUGCGACGCCCGGGGAGCUGCUACGAUCAAGGACGAGGAGCUGUGGUUCGAGUAUAGAGGCACUCCGCUCAAGUGGCACUGGCCGAUUGGACUGCUUUACGACCAUUCUGUAGACAAUCUGGCUCCUACUCGGCAUCACACAGAAGGCACCGAAGCAGCUCACGCCUCCUCGAGAAGGAGACGAGAAGCCUCUCCUUCUCGUACCUCCCCCUACCUCCAACACCCACCUCCCAUACCAUGGCCUAUCACAUUGCGACUCAAAGACCUGCCUCACGCCAAGCUUCCGAGCCCUACCAGCAACCCGACUCUUGCAUCCACCGAGAAUGUCAUAGCUGCGUUGGUGGAAAGCUCGAAACAGGCCUAUAUGGGCAUGCUCAAGGAGGCUGAUUUUGUACGCAACGGCAAUACCAAGAAGGUCAAUAACCUUAGAAGGCCUGAGCAGGACGGCAUCUGGGACGCGCUAAUAGGAGGCGACUAUGCGCAAUUCACCUCUCUCACCUCCAGGAUCCUCCCAGCAGCUUCAGCCUACCCCGCUCCCCCACCCCAACCGAGCGCUCCACCCUCUUCCUAUCCUUCAACUUUCAGAUCUGCCUCUCAUACCAGCAGUCAUGAAGACCUGAGCUCCUCCCUGGUACCCCGGCGAGCUAGCUCGCUAUAUGCGGCUCCAUCUGGUGGUGUCUUCGCGAGCAGUCAGUUCAAUUCUUCGAAUCCGAAUUUGCCAAUCGACAAGGGAAGCGAAGACACGGCAGCAGCUGCUACCGAAAGUAGUGCCACGACAAGUACAGUCGGUCCGACAGAUAGCGGCAGCCGUACAGUCAAGGGACAAGGGCUGCCGGGUCUCAAGGCUAUUCCGGUCAAGUUUGUCCUCCAGGGCGGCACAAUACUACAAGAAGGGGUACCGCCCUUGACAGAAGACGGGAAGCCUACUACCCUGCAACACGUCCUAUCGGUCCUCUUCCCUGCUCUCUUCCCACAACAGCAGAUCUCAGCAGCAUCUAAAGGAUCCCCAACCAUCUCGGGUCUCCCAACCAAAUCAGAUAAUCGCCUCCCGACGUUGGGAGUCGACUUUUCACCUCUUAGCCUCAGUCCUCCACAGAGCACAACCAGCACGCCUCGAUCCACUGAAGCGAGCCGGGAGCGGCAAGGAGACCCUGCUGGAGUGAUGGGAAAGACGUCGACGACAGGAGCGGGGCCAGGAACAGGAGCAGGCCCGCUAGCUGUACCUAUCGUGCAGGGUAUACGCAUUCCACUGGAGAGCCCAGUGGCGCAAUUGGCGAGGAGCGUCAGUGGUGCUGAUGGCUGGUGAGUACGAGCGAAGGGCAUGCGUAGGGAUUCUGGGAUAUUGCUACUGACCCUGCUAAAGCAUCUCCCUUCCGCUCGAACAGGCUGGUGAUACUGCUGCUG